UUCUUAACCCUAUGACAACUCAAUUUGUAGCAGCAAAAAAAGCAAGGAACAUGGAGUAUGCUAAUAAAGUUAUCAUGGCUCCAAUGGUGAGGAUAGGGACUCUUCCCUCUCGUCUUUUAGCUCUCAAGUAUGGGGCAGAUAUUGUCUACUCUGAAGAAACAAUUGAUCAUAGUAUAUUGAAGUGUAGAAGAUUCCACAACAGACUGAUUGGCACCGUUGAUUUUAUUGAGGAAGGUGGCAGAAGUAUUUUUAGGACAUGUCCACUUGAGAGGAGAAAAAUAAUCUUUCAAAUGGGGACGUCAGAUCCAGCCAGAGCACUAGAAGCUGCAAAAUUAGUUAAAGAUGAUGUUGCUGGGAUUGAUAUUAACAUGGGCUGUCCAAAGGGCUUUUCUUUAAAAGGUGGUAUGGGUGCAGCACUUUUAGAAAAACCGGAAAAAGUCAGAGAGAUAUUGACAACUCUAGUGCAAGGCUUGGACAUACCAGUCACAUGUAAAAUUAGAAUAUUACCUUCUGUGGAGAAAACUCUUGAGCUAGUCAAAGUAAUAGAAAGCACUGGAGUGGCAGCUUUGGCAGUUCACGGAAGGACUAAAGAAGAAAGAUCAAGUUCUCCAGUACAUAUUGAUGUACUAAGACAGAUAGCUUCCAUUGCAACAGUGCCAAUAAUUGCUAAUGGUGGAUCUGAUCUUAUAAAAUCCCGCGAGGAUGCAGCUGCUUUUAUAAGCAACACCAAUUGUAGCUCUGUCAUGAUAGCAAGAGCUGCACAAUGGAAUCCUUCAAUCUUUAGAUCAUCAGGGCCUCUUCCCACUGAGGAAGUGGUCAAAGAAUAUCUGAAACUUGCCAUUGAGUACAAUAAUCCUUUUGCUAAUACGAAGUACUGUCUAGCUCAAAUAAUGCAUGACAGGUUAACUUCUCCAAAUGGAGCCAAACUGACAGCUGCUCGCUCAAUGGAGGAGCUAUGUAAUGUCUGGGGCAUGAUUUCUUAUUACGAAGAAAUAAUGGCCAAGAGACGCGAAUUGUAUGAAAACUUAUCAAUCAGAGAACAGAAAGAACUUUCUUUCAUAACUGAUCGUUUGUUUCCAUCAAAGAAAUCGAAAAUGGAUCCAGAAGUGACUGAAGAUGGUACGCUGGAAUUAUUCAUUAGAUACGAAAGUAAAGACUAUAUUAAUGUGCCUACUCCUAAAGUGUACCUCAACGACUGGACAACAAGAGAGAGACUACCUAUAAAAUACAACACAGUACAGAGAAGUAAAGACCAGUUAUUUAAGUCAACACUAACAAUUAAAGAUACUUGCUAUUCGUCAAGCCUUUGGGCUAAGAGUAAAAGAAAUGCUGAGCAAUCUGCUGCAAUGGUUGCAUUAGAAAUAAUAGGAAUAAAAACACCACAGUCAACUGCCAGCAAUUCAUGAAGCAUCUCUGGUGUGAAAACUGUGAAUGUUAUUGUGUACUUUUGAUGUUACAUUAUUUAUCUGUGAUUUGAGUUGAUAAUUAAAUUAAACGGAA